AACCAUAUUAUUGGCAAGAAGAAGAUUGCCACUAAGCAUGUGGUGGGCAAGGAUUUGACAGCAGCAGCAGCAACAACAACAACGGAUUGGAAAAGAGAAAACGUUGCUGCAACAAGCAACAACAAGUUAAAAGUUAACAGCAGCAGCAGCAGCAACAACAACAACACUGCCAAUAGCAACCUUAGCAGCAGCUGCAGCAGCAACAACAACAGUUUAAAAAUGUCUAAAAUGGCUGCCAGCAAACUAACCGGCCAAAACGAAGCAGCAGCAGCAACUGCGUCCGCAUUCGUUACGGCUGGCACCACCACCACCACAACACCAACAGCAACACCCACAGUCACGCCAGCGCCCGCCACAACAGCAACUGCAACAACAUGCGAAACGGCGACAAUCAAAACGUCCGACGCAGUAUCAAUUGCAGCAGCGACUGCAGGUGCUGCGGCGAAAUUUCGAGCUGCAGUUGCCUCAGCGCCCACAGCAACGUUCUCGCCAGGCACCAGCACCGGCUCCAAGAAAACGCGAGCUGCUUACGCUGCGCUCAAACGUCAAGUGGCCUUGCAGCAGCAGCAGCUUAAAGCCGCGCCCACUGCCGCUGGAGUCGGUCUACCCCAAGUGUCACCAGCAGCAGCAGCAGCCUCAAGUAGCGCUUCAAGUGCCGCAACAGCCGUUGCAGCGUUGAAGCAAAAGCUUAAAGAGGUUGGCAGCUCAUCAUCAUCCGCGUCAUCGAACUCAUCGCCAUUGUCAUCCCAAGGCAUUGUCAAUGUAAUAUCAUCGGCAUUGCAGAACAUCAUAACAACGGAUGCGGAUGCCGCUACCGAGUUCUAUCCACAUCCGAUUACCACGGAUUUAUCCGAAUACGAAGAGGAGUCUGUCUCAGAGAUCCUAUUGGCAUUCUUGUGUUUAAGGCCAGAUCUGCUGGACGAUAUACCAGAAUCCGAUCCCGAUAGUUGCCCCAAUGAGGAGGGUGAGGUGCUGGAUGUCGAGACCGAAGAUGAAUCUGAGGAAUCUGAUGAGUCCGAAGGUGAUGACGAGGACGAUGAUGAAGAAAUUGAUGUACUGCAAGAUAACGAUGCAGAUGAUGAAGAGAUUGACGAUGAAGAUGAUGAGGAUGACGACGAUGAUGAGGAUGCGUCCGAGGUUAAAAACUUUCUGCUCGAGCCAAGCAGCAGCGGCAACAACAACAACGCCAGCAGCAGCAGCAGCAGUGGAAAGCGUCCAAGUAAUCUAAGCGCACUGCUCGAGGCCGCUGCCAAUGAGAAGGCGCCUGUGCUGCGUCAUGCCACGCAUGCAAUCGACGAGACCAAGCAGGCGCUAACCAAAAUGCGUUGUGCCAACAGUCCACGAGAUAAAAAUAGUGGCUUCUCGCGCAGUCUUGCCAGUGCGUGUGCUGAUAAUGAUGUCAAUACAGUGAAGCGUCUACUCUGCAAGGGUAAUCUCAAUGAUGCCGCUGCCUCCACAGAUGAAGGCGAGUCCUUACUGUCGAUGGCCUGCUCAGCUGGCUACUACGAACUGGCACAAGUGCUAUUGGCCAUGUCAGCAGCACAAGUUGAGGACAAGGGACAAAAGGAUUCAACCCCAUUAAUGGAAGCUGCCUCCGCUGGUCAUUUGGACAUUGUCAAGCUAUUGCUCAGUCACAAUGCGGAUGUCAACGCCCAUUGUGCCACCGGCAAUACGGCGCUAAUGUUUGCCUGUGCCGGCGGUCAUGUGGAUGUAGUCAAAGUACUGCUUAAGCAUGGCGCCAAUGUGGAGGAGCAAAACGAGAAUGGUCAUACGCCGUUAAUGGAAGCAGCAUCCGCAGGCCAUGUGGAAGUAGCCAAGGUGCUGCUUGAACAUGGCGCUGGCAUCAACACGCACUCGAAUGAGUUUAAGGAGAGCGCGCUCACCUUGGCUUGUUACAAGGGCCACUUGGAUAUGGUGCGCUUUCUGCUGCAGGCAGGCGCGGAUCAGGAGCACAAAACCGAUGAAAUGCAUACGGCCUUGAUGGAAGCAUCUAUGGAUGGGCAUGUAGAGGUUGCACGCCUGCUGCUGGACUCGGGUGCGCAAGUGAAUAUGCCAACUGAUUCGUUUGAAUCGCCGCUAACACUGGCCGCCUGUGGUGGUCAUGUGGAGUUGGCGCUGCUGCUCAUUGAGCGUGGCGCUAACAUUGAGGAGGUCAACGAUGAGGGCUAUACACCGCUGAUGGAGGCAGCGCGUGAGGGACAUGAGGAAAUGGUCGCUCUGCUGCUUUCCAAGGGAGCCAACAUCAAUGCCACCACUGAGGAAACGCAGGAGACGGCGCUUACGCUUGCCUGCUGCGGUGGUUUCAGUGAAGUGGCUGCGUUUCUCAUUAAUGGCGGCGCCAAUCUGGAACUGGGCGCUUCUACGCCGCUCAUGGAAGCCAGCCAGGAGGGUCACACCGAUCUGGUGCGUUUUCUGCUGCAGAACAAGGCCAAUGUGCAUGCGGAGACGCAAACUGGCGACACAGCGUUGACGCAUGCCUGCGAGAAUGGACACACCGAUGCCGCUGGUGUGCUGCUCUCCUAUUGCGCUGAGCUGGAGCACGAGUCCGAGGGUGGGCGCACGCCGCUCAUGAAAGCCUGUCGCGCCGGCCAUCUGUGCACCGUCAAGUUCCUCAUACAAAAAGGCGCCAAUGUCAAUAAGCAGACCACGAGCAAUGAUCACACGCCGCUGUCGUUGGCUUGCGCUGGCGGUCAUCAGUCGGUGGUGGAGCUGUUGCUUAAAAACAAUGCCGAUCCUUUUCACAAGCUCAAGGACAACAGCACAAUGCUCAUCGAAGCCUCAAAGGGCGGACAUACGCGCGUUGUCGAGCUGCUCUUUCGCUAUCCCAACAUUUCACCAACGGAAAUGGCAGCAGCUGCAGCCGUCGCCGCUACCCGAGCAACAGCCUAUGCUCAAGGCAUGGCCGAUGGGCAGGCUUCCCAGCUGCCAUCCAUCAAUCGCCUAACCGCCCCGCAGCAGCAGAAGCUGUUACAACAACUGAAUGCGCCGCCUGGACUGCACGAGUUGUCGGAAGCGACGCGCGCCAACAACCAGCAGCUAUUCCAUCAGCAGCAAUUCAGCGGUGGCAGCAACAACAAUAUCGUUGCCUUAGGCACUGGUGACUUCUUGGACGCCGGCGAGCUACAGUUGACAGCAGCUGCAGCUGGCGAUGCGGGCAUCAAUGAGGAAUAUGUAUCCGCUGUGAAUGCUGUAGGUGGUGGUGGUGCUGCUGCUGCUGGAGGCGGCGGUGGCAUAGAUCUAACCACAUUAAGUGCUCAACAGCAGGAAGGCCUCAUUGCCAAGUCGCGUUUGUUUCAUCUGCAGCCGGGCUUUGAGCAACAGCAGCAGCAACAGCAACAACAACAACAACCAGCAAUGCCUUGCAAGCACUUUGAUGUGGAUAUGGAGCACAUCAACUCACUGACACCGCCACAGAAAGCACCGCCAGCACCACCAGGUGCGCUCUUUCACACAGGUUGCCAACAACCACAGCAACAACAACAGCAGCAGCAGCCAAAACUCAAGGGUGGAGGCUUACGCAAGAAUCGUCAGCUGCUUGCCAACGAGCUCAAGAACAUGGAAUUGUCGCUUGAUGAGCAGCAAGUGCGUUCGCAGCCCUUGGGCGAGGAUGACAGCCAACAGCAGCAGCAGCAGCAACGACUUGCUGAGGAUGCACGCUUGCAAAAGCGUCGCGUUUUUGAGGCAAGCUGCGAGGCGCCCGAUCUAAAUGAUGUUACGCUGGAGCACACACACUUGGCUAAAGAGCAAAGUCAGCAAAGUGCAGCAGCUGCCAAUGAGAGUGCAACGCUUAUAACAGCACGCAACACGCCCAGUGCUGGAGCCAUUACACACUCCUCGGAGGUGUUGCAGAGCACUGCGAUAAGCGAUCGCCCCAAGGUGAAGGCUAGCAACAAAAAUCGCAAACAGGCGGCGGCGGCGGCAGCAGCAGCCGCAGCAGCAGCAGCUGCAACUCAGCAACAACAACCAGCGCAAUUGCUGCCAAUGCAGCAAAAUCAAAUGGUCUCCAUCUAUAGCAAUUUACAAUUGCAGCAGCAACAGGAGAUGCAGUUGCAGCAGCAAAUGCAGCAGACGCAACUCCAGCUGCAACAGCAUUUGCAGUUGCAUCAUCAUCAACGCGCUGCAGCAGCCGCCGCCGCAGCAGCAGCGGCAGCUAACAUUGAUUACUCCAAUUCGCCAGCCUCGCCCAUGGCCUCACCAACAGGUGCCAGUGGCAACAGCAACUUCAGCAGCGAGCAGCAACCAGCAGCGCUACCUUUGGAGCAUACUCAUGCUAUUGAAGACUUUCGCAGUCUGCUGCAAACGGCGGCAGCGAGCGAGUUGGACUCGUUGGGCUGCUUCAAUGACAAGAUGGUCAAUGCGCCGCUCAAGUUCUUGAAGGAUGGCUGGCAGAUGCAUAAUUAUUUUGGCGAGCAGCCCAAAUCGCCAACUGAGACUCCUCCCGAAAUGGAGGAGACAAUCAUGUCGCCUACCAUUGAACGUGUGGAAACGCGUGCCGAGAUGAAAAAUUUAGCCACGCUGUGUUCCGCCGCAGCGAUAGCGGCUGCAGUAACUGCCGCCUCCAAGGAGCUUGACGAGAUUGCCACAGACAUUGAGAGCGAUGAGUGUGAGCUUGAGGAGAACACACUGCCACCAGAGCCGAUUGAGCUAAUGCACGCCAUUGCCGAAGAGGAGGAGGAAGAGGAUGAUGAUGUUGAUGAUGAUGAUGAAGAUGAAGAUGAUGGCGAUGAGCAGGAGGAGCAGGAUACCGAUAGUGGGGAAAUUGAAGAUGUGCGUUGUGACGAUGAGAAUGCCGAUGGGGACGGCGAUGUUGUUUUCAUCGAUGAGGACGAUGGCAAAAGCGACGAAAGCGAGGAUAAUUACUAUUUCGAUAUUAAUACGCCCAUUGGCCAAGAGCGAAUGAACAACGAUAACAAUACCAUGCUGAAGGGCAAGGGCGCUGCGGCUGCUGCUGCAGCUGCAGCUUUGCCACCCAAGCAGCGCAAAAUGUCCGCCAGACUGGAGAACCUCAUACUAACCAAACCAGAUGUGAUGUCACAAACCCUGUGCGACUUCAGGCAGGAUCUAAACAAUCCCGAGGUGGUGCACAUGCUGCCAAUCAAGGCGGCGGCCAAUAGUGCAGCAUUAAACAAUCUGUUGCAGCAACAGCUGGCGGCAGUGCAAGCCAAGGCGGCAGCAGCAGCAGCUCAGGGCCAACUGCCCAAGGAGGAGAAGAAACCGCAUGUAUGCGAUCCCGAUGAAGAUGCACGCAAUAUAGCAGCAGUUAAUGAUCUUUAUUCUGAGUUGGAUAGCCUUGGGCCACCCGAAAAUCUGGCUGAAGCGCAACAGUAUGAUCUAACUGGCGAUGUGGAGGAUAUCUUUCAGAUCCACUAUUUUUUGCAGGAACUUGCUAGCAAUCUACAUUGCCCAGAGCUGGCCGAGUUUAGUCUGAAUCAAAUGUGCAAGGGCCGCUUCACCGGCCACUGGUCGCAAGCCUCUGGCAAAUGGAGUGGACAGGAGCAACUGCUUGCCGCAGCGGCAGCUUUAAAUGCAGGCGAUGCAGCCGCAGCAGCAGCCGCCGUCGAUGCACAACAGCGUCAAACUAAUCUUGUGCUGCUCGACUAUCCACUGCAGGCGCAGCAGACGCUGCAGCAGCGUUUACUCGAUCCCGAGGAGUUGCAGCAGAUGCAGCAAAAUGUGGCAUUGUUACCCUUUGCUGCUGCAGACGGCAAACAGCAGCAGCAGCAACAGUUGCUGCAGCUGCAGAAGCAGAAGCUGCAACAACUGCAGCAUUUGCAGCAGCAACAACAACACUCCAAUGCGCGUAUUAUCAAAGCUGUUGCAGCAGCAGCCAGUCAACAACAACAGCAGCAGCAGCAACAACAACAACAGCAGCAGCAACCAGCUACGAAUUUUGUCUAUAAUGUUGAAAGCGGAGAUAAGAAUGCAACGCCUGUGCAGCUGCUAUUUCAGUUACCCACACAAGCAACGCUGCAGCAGGAAGAGCAGGCAGUAGCAGAUCAACAACAACAGCAGCAGCAGCAACAGGAAUUGUCGCCCAACGAACAGCAGCAGCAGCAACAUCGCAUGUUUCAGAAUCGCGCUGAGCGCUUGUUGCAGCAGCAACAACAGCAGCGCCCACCUACGCAUACCGAACUGCAUCAGGUGGCACAAGAACUGCUGCUGCAACAGCAACAACAGCAGCAGCAACAACAGCAAUUGCCAACUGUUGGCUGCCCAUUGCCCAUGCCAUUGCAAGAGCAAAUGCUGUUGCAUCCGCCAGCGCAUCACAUGCAGACACCAGCCUGCGUGCAACAUCAGGUGUCUACGCAGACUCAUUUGGCAGUCGUGCCGCAAUCGCAAUUUAACAUGUCGCAGUUUAAUAUGCAAGAAACGCCGCAGCAACAACAACGCGCCAUCGAAGCGAACCGCGAACGACGCGCCAACGAGUUGGCCAUAUAUAUGCAACCGCCGAAUAUGAAUACUGGCCCUGGCGUCACACCCGUAUCGGCAGCUAAUGUGGCCAAUGCCAAAUCCCAGCCUGGCGGCAUUGCAAAGAAAGCCAUCGACAAGCAAUCGCGCAAGGAUCGACGCUGUGCUGGCCUGCGUCAAACGCCAGCGGGCAGUCAAGUAAACACCAAUCAGCAUCAGCAGCCAACAUCCGCAACAGCGGCAGCAGCUCAAGCAGCAGUUGCCGCCGCGGCCGCUGCACAGCAGCAGGCGCAGCUGCAGAAUCAAUUGGCUGUAGCCGCAGCCGCAGCAGCCGUCGUGGAUAAAACCAUUGAAGUAGACUCUGAAACCGAAUCGAAUCAUGAUACAGCUUUAACAUUGGCCUGCGCCGGCGGCCAUGAGGAGCUAGUGGAGCUGCUUAUAAGUCGCGGCGCCAACAUUGAGCAUCGUGACAAAAAGGGCUUCACGCCGUUGAUACUUGCAGCUACUGCUGGCCACGAGAAGGUAGUGGACAUAUUGCUGAAGCACAAUGCCGAACUGGAGGCGCAAUCGGAGCGCACCAAGGAUACACCAUUGUCAUUGGCCUGCUCCGGCGGCCGCUAUGAAGUGGUGGAACUGCUGCUCAGCGUGGGCGCCAACAAGGAACAUCGCAAUGUGUCCGACUAUACACCGCUCAGUCUGGCCGCCAGUGGUGGCUAUGUGAACAUCAUCAAACUACUGCUCAAUCAUGGCGCUGAGAUUAAUUCGCGCACCGGCAGCAAGUUGGGCAUCUCGCCCUUAAUGUUGGCCGCCAUGAAUGGUCAUACGGCAGCUGUGAAGCUGCUGCUGGAUCAGGGCUCAGAUAUAAAUGCACAGAUUGAAACCAAUCGCAACACUGCUUUGACUUUGGCCUGCUUCCAAGGACGUCAUGAGGUAGUUAGUCUACUGCUGGAUCGACGUGCCAAUGUGGAGCAUCGCGCCAAGACCGGACUGACGCCGCUAAUGGAAGCCGCCUCGGGUGGUUACAUAGACGUUGGACGCGUGCUGCUGGACAAGGGCGCCGAUGUAAAUGCAGCGCCUGUGCCCACAUCCCGAGAUACAGCGCUCACCAUAGCUGCGGACAAGGGUCACCAGAAGUUCGUGGAGCUGCUGCUGUCGCGCGGCGCCAGCGUUGAGGUGAAAAACAAAAAGGGCAACUCGCCGCUUUGGCUGGCCGCGCACGGCGGUCACCUCAGCGUAGUGGAGCUGCUUUAUAAUCACAAUGCGGACAUUGACUCGCAGGAUAAUCGACGCGUCUCCUGUCUCAUGGCUGCCUAUCGCAAGGGUCACACCAAAAUUGUCAAGUGGAUGGUGCAGUAUGUGUCCCAGUUUCCCUCCGAUCAGGAGAUGAUACGCUUCAUUGGCACCAUAAGCGACAAGGAGCUGAUUGAGAAGUGCUAUGACUGCAUGAAGAUUCUGCGCUCCGCCAAGGAAGCCCAAGCGGUCAAGGCCAAUAAGAAUGCCUCCAUAUUGCUGGAGGAGCUUGAUCUGGAGCGCACGCGCGAGGAGAGUCGCAAAGCUGCCGCCGCGCGUCGUCGCGAGCGCAAGAAGAAGAAGAAGAUGGAGAAAAAGGAGGAGAAGCGCAGAGCGCAGCAGGGCGGCGAUAAUGAGCAGGCUGGCGAUGAUGACGACGCCAGCGACAAGGAUGAUGAUACGGAUAAGGAUGAUGAUGACGAGGAAGCGCCACGCACACGCGAAGAAGGCGACUCGGGCAUUGAUCAGGGCUCCUGUUCCAGCGGCGACACCAAAGCUGCACGUUCCUCCAACAACGCCACCAAUGAGCUGCUUAACGCCAAUGCUCAGGCUCAGGGCAACAACAAAAAGUCGAAAAAGCAGCAGCAGAAAACCAACAAAGCAGCAACACAGCAGCAGCAAUUGCCAGCGGCAGCAACAGUGCCAGCAGCCAGCGAGCUGUCAACAGCAACAGUUGCCACAACCGCCGCCGCAAGCAGCAAGAGCAGCAGCAGCCUGGCAGCUAAAAAGCAAACCGAAGUAACAGCUGUCAAGUUGCCGCUAGCCAAGGCAAAGAAGGAGGAAGUGCUGCAAACAUCGACGCCUACGCCAGUGAUUGUCAGCAGCAAGAAACCCAGCAAGGAAUCCAGCAGCAGCAGCAACAAGCGUGAGAAAGAAAACUUGGCGCCCAAGGAGGCGACGCAACCAGCGCAAAAGCAACAAGCGGCAAGCUGCGUUAAGCUACAGUCUGUGGGCCAAGAGACAACAACAGCAGCAACUACAACGCUCAGCAACAUUACAGCUGCAACACGCAAGGAAAAUGUUAAACCAACAGCUGCCAGCAGCAACUCAGCAGCUCAAUUGAAGCGCACUGAAGUCGACGGCUGGAAGGAAGUGGUGCGCAAAAGCAGCGCGCAGCAAACAACGACAACAGCAACAGGCGGCGCUGCUGCAUUGCCCUUGGGCGUGGCUGUGGCCAGCAGCGGCAACAGCUACGUUGUGCCCAACAGCAAUUCAAACACAAGCGUUAGCAGCAGCAGCAACAGCGGCAGCAGCGCUGGCAGCAUUGCCACCGCCGCGCAGCUCAGCCAGCAACAUGCAGCAUCAUUGGGCAGCUCAAGCGGCAGCUCCUUGUCGGCAACGGCAGCGCAGGCACCAGAGAUGACUUGCAAGAAGGUGCAGGUGCCAGUGAACGCGAUAUCGCGUGUUAUUGGACGCGCUGGCAGCAACAUCAACGCUAUACGCGCCACCACAGGCGCACACAUCGAAGUGGAAAAACAGGGCAAGAAUCAAUCGGAGCGCAGCAUAACCAUUAAGGGUCUAACUGAUGCCACCAAGCAGGCGCAUAUGCUUAUAUUGUCGCUUAUCAAGGAUCCCGAUGUGGACAUAUUGCAGAUGCUGCCGCGCAUUAACAGCAGCAUCAAAGCGGCAGGAGCAACAGCAGCUGCUGGCGCAGUAGCUGGCAUGUCUAUGGGCACUUGGGAUAAUCGCGCAGCGGCUAAUGUAGCUGCCAACUUUUCAUCUGCAGCCUCUACAACAUCCACAUCGUCCAAUUCAUCGGCUAGCUCCACGCUGGGCGUGGCAAGCAACAAGCAGCAGCAGCAACAACAAACGCUGACAGCAACAGCUGCCAAGUCUCAUGGCACUAGAGCUGCCGCUAGCGUCAAGUCAAGUGCCAGCAAGGCCAGCAGCGCUGGACGCAGUCAAAGCACACGCACCUACAGCGGACAGCAGCAAACUCAGCGCAGUGCUGUAGCCAAUGGACUGAGCAGCGCCAAGAGCAAGCAGGAGAGCGCAACUGCGCUUAAGGCCAGCGCCAGCAGCACUUACAGCAGCAGUCAAAAGAGCGCCACAGCAGCUGCAGCAGCGACAACAGCAACACCAGCUAAGGCAGCAGCAAGCUUUGGCGCCAGAUCGGCAGCAGCAACAAGUUUGUUGCAGUCACCCAAGAAAAUGGAGCCACUUGGUGGCGCUGGACGCAGCAGCGGCGGCGCUGUAGUUGCGCCUUUUGGACGUGGCAAGCCAGUGGCAUCUGCUGCCGCUGCAUCGCAGCUGGGCAGCAACACUAACAACAACAAUACAUUGGCUGGACCAAUUGGCACCUUCAACGUGGCUGAUGUGGUGGCUGUAAAUGCAGCUGCAGCUGCUGCGGCAGCAGCCAGCAACAGCAGCAGCAACAACAACAAUAAUAAUGCGGCUAAGCCACGUGCGGUUACGCCCAUUGCACCGCCCAACAAGCGCAUCAGCUCGCCUACAUUGCAACAGCAGCAGCAGCAGCAAACGCUGCAGCUUAACAACAACCAGCAGCAGCAGCAACAACAGCAGCAAUCGCUGGUUGUCAAUACGAAUGAUUUGCUUGGCGGCGACAGCUUUAGCGCGCAGUUGGCAGCCAGAUUAUCCAGCGCCUACUCGCUGUUUAGCGAUGAGCAGUGGGGCAAGCUGGCCAUUGAUGGCAGCAGCAGCAACGUUGGCGGCCUGGGCGUAACUGCUACUGCUGGUGGCAACAAUGCGCUUUCGAGCAACAACGCCAUGGGCUGUGGCCUGGGCGCACUUGUAGCGGAUGUGCUGCCGCAGGCUGAUGCCUCCAAGGCGCCUGGCUACAAUCGCAACAUACUAAGCUCGCCUGUGGGCAGCUCCAAGGCCUCAUCGAAUCACUCUAGCUCGCCGCCUGUGGGCAAUGCUGCAGUGCUAAUGCAACAGCAGCAGCAACAACAACAACAACAGCAGCAGCAGCAACAAGCUCAAAGUGGACAGCAGAGUGUGCAGCAAGCGUUGAACAUUAUAACCAGCGGCAAUGGCGCUGGCAACAGCGCAGCUAGAUCACCGCUGGUAUCAGAUGCAGCAGCAGCAGCAACUGGCAUUGUCAAUGGCAGCAACCAAGCAGCUGGCAGCGAUGCUGCGCACUCGCCCGGCGUCAUAAAGCCACCAACAGCGCCCAUACAGCGGCCAAUGCAUCCGCUGCAAAUGGCAGGCGCAGCGGACAACUUUAGUGCGUUGGCAGCCAAGGCAGCUAUGCUGGAGCGUGAGCAACAGCAGCAACAACAACAACAGCAGGCAGCGCUGCGCUUAAUCUACGACAAGCAGCAGCCUGCGCCGCCAGCGCCGCUCAACUACAAUAUGGAGCAAAGCACACCCUACAUGGUUGAUGGCAUGGUGCGCAUUAAUGCGCGUGCAGCUGCUGGUUUCCCCGCUGGCAACAACAACAACAAGUCGCCACAGCAGCAACAACAGCAGCAGCAGCCACCAAAUGGCGGUGUAGCCGCAGCUGCAGCACAGUCCAGCGUAUUUGCCAAUCAGCAGGCUAGACAGGCGGAGAAUGUAGCCAGAGCUACAGCCAGUGCAGCUUUGGGUCAACAGCGCUGGUAUGGCGGCGCUUUGGAGUAUCCGCAGUAUAGUGGACGCGAUAUGCUGAGUCUGAUGAACGGCUUUGGCUCACCACCCGCCAUGUCGCCGAAUCACGAUGAUAUACGUAAAAUGCCACGCCCCAUUGGCACAGAGCGUGCUGCCGCCUCCUGGAAAUACAACAGCUUUAACUCUGGUCUCGGCAUGGACGAUAAUACGCUGAGCAAUACGCUGCCACAGCAUUGGUCACAGCUUGAGCCCAAAGCGCAGCCGCCAGGUCUGCAGCAGCAGCAACAGCAGCAGCAGCAACAACAACAGCAGCAGCAGCAACCGCUCAAAUGGCUCAAUCCGUCGCUCUAUAAUAGGCAAUACAACAAUGGUCCUUACCAGCAGCUGCAGCAUGAUCCCAUGAAUGUUUCAAUGGAUUAUCACAAUAUGCAGCAGCAGCAGCAACAACAGCAGCAGCCACCGUCGCAGCAGAUGCAGCAGCAUAUUAACGUUAUGCCGAAUCCUUAUAAUUUUCAGCACUAUGCGCCAGGAGCUGCCGAUGUGAGCGCGCACAUGGCCGACAAGGUGGAGUCGUGGGAACACCACGAUAAGCACCAGCAUCCAUGGGCCAACUACACUACCAACUGGUCAAACUAAUGAUAAUGCAAGGCCAAUAAGAAAAUAAUGAAAGGAGAACGGAGCAUUCACUCAACCACAAAACAAACUGCAACAGAAAUGAACAAAGAGCACGCAAGCGUUAAGCUCUGGCCCCACUUGUUAAUAACUAGACUUAAACUAGGGCAACUAAAAUUUAAAUUUACAGGUAACUCGGAAUUUAGGCCACAGGAUGUUAUUUGAACUUUGAAUUAGUACCCAGACCCAGACAGACACAUACACGAAAGAAAUGAAAAAAGUAGCAGCACACGCAACUGCGUGUACACACACACACCACACACUCAUACGUACACACACACACAUACAAACAAGUCAUGAAGAAAAUAUAUAUAUUAUUUAUUUUAAAUAGAAAUUUGCAUAAUUUUGCUAAUACUUGAAUUGAAGAUCGAAAGAAAUCACGUUUAAAUCUUAAGCUAGUUGGAAAAACAGUCUUAUGAGUGAAAAUGAAUUGAAAUGAAAUUUAGCACAAGCUAAACCAAUUUGCACACACACACAGAAACACACACAACACACAUACACAUAAGCAGUUAUAUUCUUAAAUAUUCAUAUUUAAAUAAUAACUAAUAAAAACGCAACUCAAUGAAUGUUGGAAACUGUAAAAAACAAAAAACAAACAAACAACUAGGUCUGGGGCACUUACUCCUUAUUCUCGAACAUACUUAGGUUGGGUGUGAUGCUUAGUUAGCUUAGUUAGAGCGACAGGCUUGCAGACAAAAUGAAACUACUUAAAAACAGCAGUUGUUAACUAAAUGAAACGAUACACACACACAUACAUACGAACAUAAUAUGUAUAAAGAAGAUAUUUUCUAUUUAAUUUAAAUACGGCCUUGUCUUUAGUUUUCCUUUGUUCACUCUACCUUUUAUGCUGGAAAUGUAGCUAGUAGAAAUUUAAAUUGCUUAAUGAAAUAAACAAUAUAAAAACAGAUUGAAACACACACACACAUUAUAGGUCAAGUAAUCUUUUUAAUAUUCCAUUUAAAAAAAUCUAAAAUUUAAUAAAUGCAUGUCGAGGUAAUAAGCGCUUGCCAAGUUUUAAAGCUUAUCGAACACUACGCUUAGUAAGACUUAGAGAUAGAGCACAACAAGCAUGCAUGACUCUAGCAUAGAACAUCAACUUCAAACUUAGAAAAAAAAACAGCAACUUUAUAAAAAAAAACUACAUUUACUUGAUAUAAACUUGAUGGGGUGACGUCGCCUGUACGUAUGUGGUUAGGAGUAUGCUUUUGUAAAAUGAAAAACUUAUUUAUUUCUCAUAGGCAACAAACCAAGCGUACACAAUACAUACACAUUAAUAUAUAUAUACAUAAAGAUAUAUAUACUGAAACACACAUACAUACAUAAGC